UCUCUCCCUCUCUCUCUCUCUCUCUCUCCCUCUCUCUCUCUCUCUCUCUCUCUCUCUCUGUGGCCAGCACACCAGCCAGGGCUGAGAGGCAGAGCGCAGUGGCCAUUAAUAACCGUGCCAAAGAUAGUGAAAUCUUACAGAACGCAGACAGAAAUGUUCGAGGCAAAUCAAUACACAAAUAAAUAGGAUUCAAGGGAUAUUUUUUUUUCCCUCUCCAGCACAGAUAGGAUUUAUCUCACUGCUCUGGUCUCAUUUGAAGGAAAGAAAAAAAAAAGAGAGAGAGAGAUAAGCGCUCACUUAUGGACUCCAGCGCAAUUUCACCUUAAAAUCAUACAUCUUAGAGGGUUAGAUCCCAUCAAAUAUUUAUCAUAUUUUAUAAAUCCAGCAGUACAACCAUUUUUUUCCACAUUACAAGAGCUGUGGGAAGCACAGCGUGGAUUGGACGCUGGAAAAUCACGUGUCCCCCAGUCACAUGGUCAGGGAGGAAAAAGGGGGUCCUUUUUGGUGUAAAUCUGGACUCUAAUUCUGUAAUAUAUCACGGUACCUCGUAAAACCGACACUAAAAGGGCCCGGCCUACAAAUCAUCCGGCCGAAUUAUGAGUUCAUUGUAUUAUGCCAAUGCUUUAUUCUCUAAAUAUCCAACUGCAAGUUCUGUUUUCCCAUCCGGAGUGUUCCCAGAGCAAACUUCGUGCGCCUUUGCCUCCAACCCCCAGCGCAGCGGCUAUGGGAGCAGCCCGGGCAGCACCUUCCCGGCAGGGUCCGCUCUGUACAGCAGUGGGAGCAGCCUGCACCCCCAGAGCCCGGCAAUGUACUCGUCCAGCUAUGGGCUUGACGCUGCCUCCUUCAAUAUGCACUGCUCGCCCUUUGAGCAGAACCUCUCCCUGAUGUGCCCCACUGACCCCUCCAAGCAGAACGGCACCAAGGCUGAACAGAGGGACUCCGAGCUGCAGGGUGACACCAACCUCCGAAUCUACCCCUGGAUGAGGAGCACAGGGGCAGACAGGAAGAGGGGCCGGCAGACCUACACAAGGUACCAGACCCUGGAGCUGGAGAAGGAGUUUCACUUUAACCGCUACCUGACCCGGCGGAGGCGCAUAGAGAUCGCCCACGCUUUGUGUCUGACUGAGAGACAAAUCAAAAUCUGGUUCCAGAAUCGCAGGAUGAAAUGGAAAAAGGAAAACAAGGCAUCCAGCCCUUCCUCUAACAGCCAGGAAAAGCAGGAGACUGAGGAAGAGGAAGAGGAGUGAAGUGCCCCCAAUGGACUAGUGACCAGAAGAUGAUCCACUGAUCCAUACUACCUAGAUCCCUUUUCUACUAGAGGGUUAGCUACCUACCCCCACCUGCCCACACGAUAGAUCCAUUUUCUAUGUGGCAUCUCAUUUAGCGAAUUAUUCGACAAACGUCGCAUUUUUAUUUUUUUAUGCCUUUUUUUUGUUGUUGGAGAAUCCACGUCCCUGAGAGAUCGUGAUAUAAAAACAAAAAAAAACCUUGUGACUGUGUUUGAUUAGUUCGUGCGAUAUAAACUGGAGACCCGUGUGUAGGACUGUGUUACCCCUAACAACCUGUGGCUCUUCCCCCCCCCCCCCUUCCUCACAAUAGACUCAGUAAUUGUGGAGAUCUCCUUCCCUCUCCAUCCCUAUUUACAAAUAUGUGUAAUAUUUUUGUGUAAUUUGAAAAUGGUGAUGUAAAAUUAAUUUUAAUAUAAUUUAAUCAUAGACUCUGUGCUUCGAUUUCUUGUUGAGUUGUUGUAAUGGUUCCUUCGAAUAAAAAAAUAGAAACGUGA